AUGGCCACCUUCCCGCUUCUGCAGGGCAGCUCGGCCCUUCUCUUCAUAACGCACGGCUACGGUGACUACUCCCACGACGACGGAUACGUGAUUCUGGCGAAAGCCCUGGCUCCACGAGGCUUCUAUGUAUUUACUCACGACCACGUUGGUCACGGCAGAAGCGAGGGACCCAGGGCCACAGUCAGGACGUUCGACAUCUACGUGGACGAUAUUCUUACGCACGUUGACAUGGAGCGGGCCAAGUUUCCCGGAAAACCUGUCUUCCUCUUCGGACAUUCCAUGGGUGGCCUACUGGUGAUCCUGGUGGCGCUGCGCAGGCCUGGUGGCUUCGCUGGCAUGGUUGUGAUGUCACCCCUGCUUGGCAUAGAGCACCCGUAUUACACGCGGUUCACGAAAGCUCAAGCCCGCGCCAGUGCCGUAGAACUGCCUUUUCUUCUGCAGCACGGAACAGGUGACGUGGUCUGCUACCCUGAAGCAUCCAAACAGUUCUUCGAAAAGGCCGCAAGCAGGGACAAAAGCCUGAAACUUUACAAUGGCGCAUACCACACCCUCUUAGAGGAGCCCGACGGAGUCGCCCAGGAAGCCCUCAAAGAUGUUCUCGAUUGGUUGACUGCCAGACUGCCCCCUCUAAAGAGCGCCUCAACAAGCGCCCCGAAUCAACAACCGGGGACGCCUGGUCAAGCGGACAGCGCUAAAGAAACGUUCCAGGCGACGGCACCAGAACAUUGA